AUGAGCGGGGCAGGCGAAAAGGACGAUGUGAAGACUAAGGAUGAGGCGAGGCAUAAGGAUGAGGUGAGGUCUAAGGACGAGGUGAGGUCUAAGGAGGAAGAAAUUUUCAAGCUAAGGAAACUAGCUGCCAUCUUCAAAAGUGAGUGUAAAAAGCUGAAGGAGGAGAAUGACGCUCUUAAAAGAGGGAGUAUUCCCAGGGGAGCAGAAGGAACGACGACGACCCCUGCUGUGGGAGAGCAGCUAAAGAACGAGUAUGCCAAACGGCUAGCUGUAGAAAAGAGCUACAAAAAAUUAAAAAGCUUUACCCUCAUGCUGGAGGAAAAAAUGACUCAAAUAAAAAGUGAAAGCAAAAAAAGGUACGUAGAGAUGGAAGAAAAAGUGAAGGAAUGUCAGAACGACUUGUCAAUAUCCAAAAAUGAAAACGAAAAAUUGAAGAAUACAAUCCAAGAAAAAGAAAUAAAUAUGGAGAAGCUAAGAAAUAAAAUAGAACAAUAUAAAUCAUAUCUAAAGGAACAAAAAGGAAUGACAGAUAUAGCAGAAAAUAGUAUCGACCAAGCAGUAGAAUACAAAAUGCAGAUUAAAAAGCUGAAAGAACUUCUUGAGGGGGUAAAAAAAACGGAGGAAAUUACAGCCAAAGAAAGACAACAGUAUAGAAGUAUGAUCAUGCUUUGUUCCCAGUACAAACAAAAAUGUAAACAAAUUCCCCUUUUAGAAAAUAAAAUAGAAAUUUUAGAAAGAAAAAUUAAAGAGUUAGAAAUAUUCAAAAAUAGAGAUAAAGAAAAAAUGGAAAAUAUCUCGGAACUUAGAAAAAGUCUCAUAAAUGAGCAGCUCGAAAAGGAGAAGUUAAAUGAACAGCUUAGCGAGUGGAUAAACUUUGCAAAAUUGUAUAUCGAUAAAAAUGCCAUAGAUGUAGAAAGCUUAAAGAAAUCCAUGCAACAGAUUCAUCAAAAAUACACCCACGUGAAUUCCACAAAAACGGAUUUGGAACUCCGCUACAGGAAGUUAGCUGCUGACAUGGAAAUGGUGAAGCAAACUCUCGAAGAUAAAAAGUUAGAAAUUAAAAUUGUCAUCAAUAAAAAUAGGCAGCUCGAGAAAAUGUACGAGUUUGCUAAACGGGACUGCAUGAGGAGGGAGGCUCCUACCCGGGGGGACCCCUGUAGUGCGCCCUGCAAAGAGGAUACUGCAACUCAGGAGGAGGAGAAGAACUCCAUUUUGGAACCCCCCCUCACGGAGUACAAAGCCAAGUAUGACUUCCUACGAUCGGACAACGAGCAGAAGGAGAAACUCAUAGAAGAGCUAGGCGAACGAGUGAAGAAGUACCAAAGCGAGUUUGAGCAAGCGUGUCUGAAGCAAAAAUGCGCAGAGACCGCCUCGGAUGAGUUACAACUCUACCAGAAGGAAAUUCUAAUUCUCAAGGAAGAGAUACAUAAUUAUAAACACAGAAUUGUUACGUUAGAAGGAGACUUGGUGCAUGUAAAGAAUGAAUGGAAUGACGAUAAGGAAAAGUACGAAACAGUGGUGAACGAUUUAAGGGAGGCCGUUAGGAAAGCCCAAUUUGACAGCAAAAUAAGUGGCUCUGCAGGGAGUUCUUCCAACCAGGGAGGAACACCCCCCGAGGUGAAGAAGCAGCAGCAUAAGGGAGAGGACAACGAUGCACAUAACACCCUCAACGCGCUCUACAACCAUAUGGAUAACCUCUCCUCUGUAGACGAAAUCGAGUUGGUAACCCUACGGAAUGAAAACUUAUACUUAAAGUCUAAGAUAGAAGUGGUAAAAAUUUUUUAUGCAAACCAAAUUAAGAGCUAUAGGGAGGCCUUCCUGUACAUCUUAGGGUGGGAUAUUCAAAUCGAGCAGAGUGAUCAGGACAUCUUCUUCAUUUUGACUUCUUUAUUUUCGACUCACGAUGGGAAGUUCAUUUUUAUAAAGAGCAACGGGGCUAAGGACAAGCGCUCCCUUGGGUCGCAGGCAGAUGAGGAGAGGCACACCAAACGGGUGAAGCUGCAGGGGGGGGAAGCGGCCUCCCUCGAAGGGGUUACCCCUGUGGGAGUGUCUUCACAAGCGAGCGGCAACCAGGGCCCUCCAAAUGGUGAUGCUGCCCCGAAUGGUGAUGCUGCCCCGAGUGGCGAUGCUGCCCCGAGUGGUGAUGCUGCCCCGAAUGGUGAUGCUGCCCCGAGUGGUGAUGCUGCCCCGAGUGGUGAUGCUGCCCCGAAUGGUGACGCCCCCCCAAAUGGUGAUACCCCCCCAAAUGGCGACGCCGCGCGCACCCCCCUGGACGUGUCCAAGGCCAACUUCCAAAACACAAACGUGGCCCUCUCUUCCAUCGUGAAAGGCUGCAAGUACAGCUUGCUCCUGCACGGCCAUUACGGCCUCAAGUGGAACGAUAACGAAGACUGGAAGAACCACAUCAACAAAAUUAACACCUACCCUGUCCUCCUCUCCAUGUCCUGCAUAGACGAGUUCAACAACAUAAAGGCGCAGUACAGCAACAGCAUGGUACCCCCCGGGGCACGCAAAUGA